AUGCUAGAAAGUCCCACUAUAUCAACCGUAUGCUCAAGAAGUCCUGAAGCCUUAUUAUCUUUCACGACAUCCACGGCAACAUCGGUAUUACCAUGCACGGGCAAAAAAGACAAUACCAGCAAACGUAAAUCGAUGCAACGGUUAUCAUCUAUGAGCACUGUACAUGCACGGCCAUUACCACCAUUGACCACUUUUAUUGCCAACCUAUUCCAACGUUCGCAGCUACCGCCAAGUGUAUGCCUUGUAUCCUUAAUUUACCUACAACGAAUCAAGAGAGCACUAUCCCCGCUGGCACGUGGUGAUCAUGACACGCCGUAUCGUUUAUUCAUUGCUGCUAUUGUAGCCGCCUCGAAAUUCAUGCUCGAACCACGACAAGCUUUGACAAGCCAAGACGUCGCUGGAAUGAUCGACCAUGUUUAUACACCCAAGGAAAUCAAUUCUAUGGAAAGAAGCUUUUUGGGGCUCAUCAAAUUUGACCUCUUUGUUGAUAUCCAUGCCAUCAAAGAUUAUUUGGCAAUGCAUGGUACGUUGCUUGAGAUGGAUCUUGUGGAACAACAAGUCGCUGCCUUUGAUGAACAGCAUCAGCAACAACAUGCACCACUCCCUGUAGAGCUAUUGUAA